GAUUUGCCGACGUUCGGGAAUUCCGCCUCCACUUCCUUUUAUAGCGCCACUCGUGCGCUGGCAGCUCUCCAGGAUCCCGCCCACCCCGGUUACUUUGACAACACAAAGGACUUCACGGAACUCGCAUGCGCCGCCCACCUUUCCAAAUAAGGGCAGCCUCUCCAUGUACGGCAAACAAUCGGUGCGAGAUUGCCCUUUUCUCUUCCUUAUCCCGUUUAUAUGAUCGGAGAGGAACUGCGCUUCAGGUUGGAAGCGGUGCGAUCAUGGCCGAGCGAGUCCAGCAGCCCCCAGCCAAGCGGCUCUGCUGCCGGCCCGGCUACAACCCGGCGUGCAGGCAGGGGCAGCGGGCUGGAGGAGUCCUGUGUGGCGGCGCGGGGUCCGCUCCGGGAGGGUCGGGGAACGGAAAAACGCACAACCCCGAGUCGCUGCUCGACAUCGCGGCGCGCAGAGUCGCGGAGAAGUGGCCCUUCCAGCGGGUGGAGGAGCGGUUCGAGCGGAUCCCGGAGCCCGUCCAGCGGAGGAUCGUGUAUUGGUCGUUUCCGCGAAGCGAGAAGGAGAUCUGUAUGUACUCCUCUUUCAACGCCGGGGGAGAGGAAAGUGGAACUAGCGGGGACAGUAAUGACGAGAGCCAGCUGCCUUUCCUGCGGGGUGUCACUCUGCUGGAGGGCGGCUGGGUGGACAACGUAUUGCAAGUCGGUUUUCAUCUGAGCGGCACAGUGACGGACCCCGCCACACCCUCUACCCCGGAGCUCGUGUGCAGCGUGAGCGUCAGCUUUGACCGCUGCAAGAUCACAGCUGUAACAUGCACCUGCGGCAACAAAGACAUCUUCUACUGUGCCCAUGUAGUGGCGCUGUCGCUUUACAGAGUACGGAAGCCCGAGCAGGUCAAAUUGCACCUGCCUAUCUCAGAGACGUUGUUUCAGAUGAGCAGAGACCAGCUGCAGAAGUUCGUCCAGUAUCUGAUCUCGGUCCACCACACGGAGGUGCUGCCCACAGCACAGAAACUGGCCGACGAGAUUCUGUCACAGAACUCGGAGAUCAACCAGGUUCAUGGGGCCCCGGACCCCACAGCGGGAGCCAGUGUGGACGAUGAGAACUGCUGGCACCUGGACGAGGAGCAGGUUCAGGAGCAAGUCAAGCUUUUCCUUUCCCAGGGAGGAUACCACGGCUCCGGCAAGCAGCUCAACCUGCUCUUCAGCAAGGUGAGGGAGAUGCUGAAGAUGCGUGACUCCAACGGAGCGAGGAUGUUAACACUGAUCACAGAACAGUUCAUGGCCGACCCUCGGCUGGCACUGUGGAGACAGCAGGGCACCACCAUGACCGACAAGUACAGACAGCUCUGGGAUGAGCUGGGUGCCCUGUGGAUGUGCAUCGUACUGAACCCCCACUGUAAACCGGAGCAGAAGUCAUCGUGGCUGCGCCAGCUGCGCAGAUGGAACAGUGUGGACGUCUGCCCCUGGGAGGAUGGUAACCAUGGCAACGAGCUGCCCAACCUCACCCACUCACUGCCUCAGGGUGCCCAUGGCAACCAAGAGAUGCGGCCCCACAGGACGGUGUUCACUCGGGCCAUCGAGGCCUGCGACCUGCACUGGCAGGACCGACACCUUCAGCACAUUAUCGCCAGUGACCUCUAUGCCAACUACUGUUACCAUGACAACCAGGAGGGUUCCCUCUUCGACUCUCGUGGCUGGCCCCUGUGGCAUGAACAUGUCCCAACCGCCUGUGCCAGAGUGGAUGCUCUGCGUUCACAUGGUUACCCAAGAGAAGCCCUCCGAUUGGCCAUCGCCGUGGUGAACACGUUACGACGGCAACAGCAGAGGCAGCUGGAGCACUUCCGUCGGCACAAGAAAGAGAUCCUCCAUAAAGGCCACACCUCCGUAACAAAUAUGGAGGGCUGGGUGGGACACCCCCUGGAUCCCAUCGGUACCCUGUUCAGCACCCUGACGGAGUCGGGACGAGCAGGAGAAGAGGGCUCCAACACCUGCUUAGACCUCUCAGACUGCUCCAGUGUUAUAAGUCGAGCAGAACUCCAACGAAUGCCCGUGCAGCGAUUGCUGGGAGACGGUGAAUCGUACGUGGCUCUCGCAGUGGAGACGGCUCUGAUUGGCUUGGGCCAGCAGCGGGUGAUGCCUGACGGACUGUACGCUCAAGAAAAGGUCUGUCGCAACGAAGAGCAGCUAUUGGCCAAGCUGCAAGAAGUGGAAGUGGACGAAACCCUGGUCAAAAUCUUCCGUAAACAGGCCGUCUUUCUGCUGGAGGCUGGUCCGUACUCUGGCCUCGGAGAGAUCGUCCACAGAGAGAGCGUUCCCAUGCACACCUUCGCCCGUUAUCUCUUCACCUCUCUCCUACCUCAUGACGCUGAACUGGCGUACAAAAUUGCACUGAGAGCCAUGCGGUUGCCGGUGUUAGAGUCGACGGCCUCGUCCGGUGACCUCUCUCGACCCCACCACAUCGUUUCGGUGGUGCCCAACCGCUACCCGCGCUGGUUCACCCUGAGCCACAUAGAGUCUCAGCAGUGUGAGCUGGCCUCCACCAUGCUCACUGCGGCCAAAGGUGACAGUCGCAGGCUGGAGACGGUCCUGGAAUCCAUCCAGAAAAACAUUCACUCCUCGUCUCACAUCUUCAAACUGGCACAGGACGCGUUCAAGAUCGCCACUCUGAUGGACAGCCUGCCUGACAUCACACUUCUCAAAGUCUCUCUGGAGUUGGGACUGCAGGUGAUGAGAAUAACUCUGUCCACGUUAAACUGGAGGAGGAGAGAGAUGGUGCGCUGGUUAGUCACAUGUGCCACAGAAGUUGGUGUGUACGCGCUGGACAGCAUCAUGCAGAGCUGGUUCACCCUCUUCACCCCCACCGAGGCCACCAGUAUCGUGGCCACCACCGUCAUGUCCAACAGCACUAUCGUCCGCCUCCACCUGGACUGCCACCAGCAGGAGAACCUGGCCUCAUCCGCGCGCACCCUCGCCCUCCAGUGUGCAAUGAAGGACCCUCAGAACUGCGCCCUCUCUGCUCUGACACUCUGUGAAAAGGACCACAUUGCCUUCGAGACAGCUUACCAGAUUGUACUGGAUGCGGCAUCGACGGGGAUGAGCUACACGCAGCUGUUCACUAUAGCACGCUACAUGGAGCAUCGCGGUUACCCAAUGAGGGCUUAUAAGCUGGCGACGUUAGCCAUGGCUCAUCUGAACCUCAGUUACAACCAGGACACACACCCGGCCAUCAACGAUGUGCUGUGGGCCUGUGCCCUCAGCCACUCGCUGGGGAAAAACGAGCUUGCCGCAGUCAUCCCCCUGGUGGUCAAGAGUGUGAAGUGCGCCACCGUGCUCUCGGACAUAUUGCGGCGGUGCACGCUGACCACGCCGGGGAUGGUGUCUGCGCUGCACAGCCGCAGGAACUCUGGGAAACUGAUGUCGCUGGACAAGGCGCCGCUCAGGCAGCUGUUGGAUGCAACCAUCGGGGCCUACAUCAACACCACGCACUCGCGCCUCACACACAUCAGCCCGCGCCACUACAGCGAGUUCAUCGAGUUCCUGGGGAAAGCCCGGGAGACUUUCAUGAUGGCUCACGACGGACACAUUCAGUUCACGCAGUUCAUAGACAACCUGAAACAGAUCUACAAGGGCAAAAAGAAACUAAUGAUGCUGGUGAGGGAGCGGUUCGGCUGAGGGUGUGGCCGGGGGUCACCUGAUGCUCCCCCCUCCUCACUCUAGUACUUUUCUAUUAACUUGAGUCUGCCUUUUGAACUUCUUUUGGACUUAUUACAUAGACAAGUAAAAAAGAGGGAUGUGACUUGUAGAAUGAAGCAAAAAGAGAAAGGAAAAGAUGACAAAAAAUCAACAGAGCCACACGCGGUAUUAUUGUUCUUGCUGUUGUUAUUGUUAUAAACAUUAUUACUAUUAUUAUUAUUAAUAAUAUUAUUACUACUACGUGUACAGAAGUGUUUUUAUUUUUCAGAAGAGAGGAAAUUUGUCACGUUGUGAAUGUUGUGCGUAUUUCUCUACAUGUGUGCGAGAGGAAAAUGAAAAGUGAAAUGGCUUUUUGUUAUUUUUAUGGUUUUAAAACAUCCUCUUUUUCCCCCCCACCCCUUUUUUUUUUUAGAGUAUAUUGAGUUAUAUGUUGUCGAGUGGCUGAAGCCCUUCUACAAUAGCGCUCGUGUACAAACAAGAAAAAAAACGAAGAAAAAAAAAACGUCUCGACAUCCUCAAAGAGAAACUAAGGCUUUAAACCACACGGAGCACCUCCCUCUGUCUAGGCCCUCACCGGUGGGCGCUGGGCAGCACUGCACAGCUCGGCUCGGUUCGGCACAGCUUGGUUUAGCACUGACAGAAAGCUGCCAUCAGCAUUACUUCAGACACAGCAGCAGCAGCAACAGCACUUGAGCAGCCAUUAGUUUUCUCUGGGUCCCAGGCAUUAGCUUCAUUAGACAAACACACACAGACACAACAACGCUCUGAGCUGACUCGUGUUGUUGUCCCCCGCCCACAUCAUGAGUAGCUGUUUCAACCUGUUUCACAGAGGACGGGAGGCAGUGACGACACAUUAGACACAGAUACUGAGUAUUAUUGUUACAUUAAUGUCAUGCAGUACCGCUGGGUUUUUAUUCAACAGCUGAAAUUUGGCUAAAAAAACUGAUGUAGUGUAGUUUUCUAUAGUUGAAGCAGACACCCAGAGGGAGACGACUACCUCAUGACACGAUACUGAACCUGCUCCCAGUUUUGUUUGUCUUGGCUGUCACGGUAUUUAUUAUCUCGGAUGAGCCGACAGUGUUAAUGAAACCAGAGAUUCACUAGUGAGACCAAGGUUAUGAGGAGAUUGUGAUUCCCGCGCUCGGCUCUGCUGUACGUCACCGCCCUGGCAUUGGUACUUAUACACAACACCCCACCCCCCACCCCCAAAUACAAAAGAAUUGGCUCUGACGCACUCUGAAGAUGUAUGUCAGCACCCCCCACCCCCCAUACACCCUCUCAUCUCUGCAGCCACCAUUGCACGGUAUUUUUUUUUCCGGACGAGGCCAGUGUCAUUUCCCUCUGUGCAUGUGAAUCAUAGAAAUUAGACUUUCUGCUGUUAUAGUUCAUUGUGUGGAACCUUCAGUAAUUGUCAACCAGAACGUUCUCAGGGAUUUCUCUACACAGGAAGAAAAAAGAAAAAGGCGGAACAAAUGAGCGACUGACUACAGGAAAAAAGAAAAGACAAAAACACGACCCAACAUGAGCGAGCAUUUAUUGUACUCUGUAUAUAUGCCAUAGUAUAUGUCUGAAUAUGGAGGAUCUGAAAGUAUAUGUUAACUAAUUUAUACAGAGUAUUCUAUGUAAUGUGAAAUACUUGAAGCCGCUGUAGUUUGCUCUCUCUCGCUCUCCUUUUCUUUCUCUCUUUUGUCUUCUCUCUCUUUUUUUUCUCCUCUUUUUGUUGAAAAACAGAACAUAUCAGAAGGACUUGACCUUUUUACCGCGUUGACGGCUUUUUGGACUCGCAGGGCCGCACGUGUUCAUACUUGAGACGCUGGACCCCGUCAGAAAUGCAGGUUGAGUCAAAUCGGUGAUGGCGGCGAAGAAAAGAAAAAUUCAUUCCUGCUGACUGAAGCACAGGGAGGGGGUCGACUACUUCAGGACAUCGGUCGAUUAAAAAAAAAAAAAACACAAUAAAGGAUUUCUUGAAGUACUUAAUUAUGCAUGUAAGCUGUUGUACUAGCACUCGUUCUCCAUUGGAUCCUUUGGGGGCGGAAAAAAAAACUAUAAUGUGCUUUACACAGGAGCUAAUUGAAGAAGAAUCCGGUUAAAAUAAUCAUGUAUUAUGUGUCCAGCCUUACAUGCUUUUAAGGACAUAUCUCGGCUGAAGUAAUAUAACACUUGUCGGAGCAAUUUAACAGUCGUGCAACUCAAUAAGGCUCGCAGUGGUAAUUAUGCACAGGCUCAAUCUAUCCUGGAUUCACAGUUCUCUCUUCCAUCCACCACAGAAUUGCCAGUGUCUCCUCUGCACUGCUCAGCUGUCCUCUCAUUAAUUGCCUUUCUUUUUACCUUCUUCUUUGUAUCAGAGUUUUUUUCUCUCUUCUGUUUCUCUGUGCAUCUGUUUCUCUAUUUUGCGUUGAUUUGAGAUAAAAAAGCAGCCUUUUCUCUUGCCGUGUCUUAACGCUUUAAAGUAACCAAACAGGAGAUCUGUCUAACAACCAAACGUGUUCGAAAGAGGUGAGAGACGACCCACCUUGGUCCCAGCUUUAGUGUCCUUAAUUAGUAAGUGAAUGGCUGUGUAACUCAUGCUUUAACAAAGCAAUUCCUCACGUGUGUUUGGUGGAAAAAAAAUCUUACAUUGUCCAGUGUCUCUUGUUCUCUUCAGAAACAAUUUCCUCUGAGUCUUUCUAGCUGUUUUUAUUUCAUUUUUUUUUUUAUUAUUAUUUUUGUUUGUUUGUGUAGGAAUCUUCUGCUCUCCCAGUUUAUUUAUUACAAUGACCCAUGUAUACAUGCUUAUGAAAUUAAGAUUUGAUACACCGAUAUCAAUUUAUUUAUGUAACUAAAUCACUGUUUUAUAAUCUUGUUAAUGAGUCAAUAAUUGAUUUCUUUUUUGUUUUUGUUUUUUUGUUUUAAUAAAAGUUAGUUUUUUGAAAUGUA